UCUAGGCCUCAGCAACGUGCACGUUCAAUAUUUCAGUUAAGUUAGUUGUAACUGCUACAGGUUUUCUAUUUUCAUCUCUGCAAACAUGGCGGACGCCGAUGCUGACUGGGAAAAUGAGGAUUUCGAGCCCGUGUUAAAAAAGCCAGUAAUCUCUGACAAAUGGGAAGGUGAAGACGAAGAUGAUGAUGUAAAGGAUAACUGGGACGAUGAAGAAGAAGAAGGAAAAGAAGAAAAACCUGAACAAAACAUGGUUGCUGUACAGGCUAAGAAAAAGAAAUCUUUAGCUCAAAUAAUAGCAGAAAAAGAAGAGAAAAAGAGAAAAGAAAUGGAGGAGAAAAUGAAACUGUUAGAAGUAAAUAAGAAAGAAUUAACGCCAGAAGAAAGGGUGGCGCACAAACUGAAGCAACAAAAACUCCAAGAAGAGGCUGAUCUACAACUAGCAAAAGAGACAUUUGGUGUAACAACAGACACAGUCACAAGUAUAGACCAAAUGAAUCCUUCUUCAAAAGAAGAUUUCGAUAAUUAUAGGAAACUUCUUGUAGAAAAAAUUACACAGAGUGAGAGCUCACCACAUUUUAUUAUUUUCCUGGAAGAUCUAUGUAGAGACCUAUGUAUAAAUCUUUCCCCAGAUGAUAUAAAGAAAAUAACAAGCGCUCUUAAUGCAUUAGCUAACGAAAAAGUAAAAGCUCAAAAGGCUAAAGCUGGCAAAAAGAAGUCUUCUAAAAAGGCAUCUCUAAAUAUAGGUAGAGAUGACUUUACAAUAGUAGAUUACGCAGAUGAAUUUGAAGACUGCAUUUGAUUCUCUAUUAUCUAUUUAACUGUUAAUAGUAGAGUUAUCUGUCUCUCAAAAAACUGUGCUUGUAAAUUUUCAAUAAAUUUGUAAAAAAUCUGA